CGGCCUAGUGCCCCACGCUCAAUUGUGGAGCGACUCAUUUGCAUGCAGAUGAAGCUAAAGAUAAAGACCAUGUUGACUGCGAAUCGCCGCUUGGGGCCACAUUGGAAUCUAUUUUUGUGUGCGCUGUGUGCGUCACUUCUGGAUUUGGGUUGCGCUUGGAAGUGUCUGUACGAAGAGUUUCCAGUGAUCGAGGAACAGAUGAAGGGCAUUUGGUUUAUCUACGCCACGCGCCCGGAUGUAAUCAACAGAUGUUUGAUCCAAGGGAUGGACAUGUAUUGGAACCGCAUCACCUACACGGACUAUAGUGAAAUUGCCGUAGAGCUGCAUUGCUCGCUGCCCUUUUUCCGACAGCAAAUGAUUGUUUAUACGCGCCGUGAGUAUCCAUCACGGGAAAUAAUCAAGUUGGUGGAUAAUUAUCUGAAAACCGUGAAGCUGUCGAUCGAUGACUUUCAUCUGGUCAAUAAGGAAACCUGCAUCAGGAACUCCAAAGAGCCCAUUCAGCGCUGGCACCUGUCCAAGUACCAGCAUUUGGGCUACAAUCCGCAUUAUUUGAGGCCUCUCGUUGUCGACAAAAAUAUCUGAGCUGCUCUUGCCAACUUUCUUCCCCAUCGACCAGCGGAAUUUGCAUAUGCCGAUUUUCGGGGCCAACCUGAUUAGUUCGUGGCAACUUAUUAAUCAAGCCCAAAGAGGAAUAACUAAAAUGUGUACACUGAGAGAAAAUUCAAGUACA